UAACCAUGGAGAGGCUGUUGCUGUGUGUGAUGCUGGCAGUUGCCAUGGCAGUGCGGGCACAGAUCUGCCCGAAGCGCUGUGUAUGUCAGAUCCUGUCACCCAACCUGGCAACCCUCUGUGCCAAGAAAGGUCUACUGUUUGUACCGCCGAACAUUGAUAGGCAUACAGUGGAGCUGCGGCUGGCUGACAACUUUGUCACAAGUGUAAAGAGGAAAGAUUUUGCAAACAUGACACGGUUGGUGGACCUAACCUUAUCUAGAAACACCAUCUCCUACAUCACACCUCAUGCCUUUGCCGAUCUGGAAAACCUCAGAGCUCUACACCUCAACAGUAACCGACUGACGAGGAUAGGCAACGAUACAUUCAGCGGGAUGUCGAAGCUUCACCACCUUAUUCUAAACAACAACCAGCUGGUGCUCAUCCACCAGGGAGCAUUCAACGACCUGCUGGCGCUGGAAGAACUCGACCUCAGUUACAAUAACCUGGACUCUAUUCCUUGGGAGGCCAUCCAGAAAAUGAUUAGCCUCCAUACGUUGAGUUUAGACCACAACAUGUUGGACUUCAUUCCAGAGGGGACCUUUUCCCUGCUACAGAAGCUGAACCGGCUGGACGUCACCUCUAAUAAACUCCAAAAGCUGCCACCAGACCCACUUUUUCAACGAGCACAGGUCCUGGCCACGUCAGGGAUCAUGACCUCUACUUCGUUUGCGCUGUCAUUUGGUGGGAACCCACUCCACUGUAACUGUGAGUUACUGUGGCUGCGAAGGCUGAACAGAGAGGAUGACCUGGAGACUUGCGCUUCACCCCAACACCUCUCUGGCCGAUACUUCUGGUCCAUCCCCGAAGAGGAGUUUCUCUGCGAGCCUCCACUCAUCACCAGAUACUCCCAUGAGAUGAGGGUGCUUGAAGGGCAGAGAGUUGCUCUCAGGUGUAAGGCAAGAGGUGAUCCAGAGCCAGCCAUCCACUGGAUCUCUCCUGAGGGUAAACUGGUAUCAAACUCCUCCAGAACGUUGGUCUACACCAAUGGGACUCUGGACAUCCUCAUCAGUACUGUGAAAGACACCGGCUCCUUCACCUGCAUCUCCUCGAACCCUGCUGGUGAAGCCCACCAGACAGUAGACCUGGUUAUUAUAAAACUCCCGCACAUUUCCAACAACACCAACAACAUCCAGGAGCCAGACCCAGGAUCGUCAGACAUUUCCACAUCGACCCGAGGCGGAGCCAACGGGAACAACGUGACAGGUGACGUGAAGGGCGGAGUGGAUAAGAGGGUGGUGACGGCUGAGGCCACCUCGUCAACAGCACUGAUCAAGUUCAACUUCCAGAGGAAUAUUCCAGGCAUUAGGAUGUUCCAGAUACAGUACAACGGGAGCCAAGAUGACUCGCUGGUUUACAGAAUGAUCCCCCCAUCAAGCAAGAACUUCCUGGUCAACAACCUGGCCGCAGGGACCCAGUACGACCUCUGCGUGCUGGCCAUCUACGAUGAUGUCAUCACCUCGCUGACAGCCACACGUGUGGUCGGCUGUGUGCAGUUCACCACCGAGUCAGAGUACAUGAGGUGUCAUUUUAUGCAGUCUCAGUUCCUCGGCGGGACUAUGAUCAUCAUCAUCGGAGGGAUAAUAGUAGCCUCUGUGCUCGUUUUCAUCAUUAUACUGAUGAUACGGUACAAGGUGUGUAACCCUGGUGAGGGGGGUAAAGGUGUUUCGAUGUCGAUGACCAACGUUCACUCACAGACCAAUGGGCAGCAGUCGCAGGGAUGCACUGUGACUCCCAGCGCCUCCAAACACGGCUCAAUCGGAUUAGAUGACCUCUCAGGAGGCUCAAAGAAAAGGAGCGGAGCAGGAGGAGGAGGCGGCAAGGAUACGAUGACUCAGUCGUCCGACUCUUCCUUGCCUGACUGCUCCACUGCUACGUCUGUUCUCAGCCAGCCUUGGGCAGCCAGAAGCCCAACAGCUGGAGGCGAGGAACAGGAGAAAGCAGGUGAAGAGAGAGCUGUCAUCUCGUCACCCACCACCGCCACCGGUUCACUAAAUAAGCCAAAGCGGAAGCCCGCUACGAGUAAGCCAGGCUCCGCUUGCUCCAACACCACGGCUACUACUGAAAAUCUCCCCACCUCCACCCCUCGCCCUCCUUCCUCCUCCUCCUCCGCCGCCUCCUCUGCUCUCCUCCCCUCCUCCACCCCUCUGGAGAACCUCAACACCAACCGCAACAACUCCACCUCUCUCAACCAAACCCCUCCUCCCUACGCCCCCUCUCCUUUCUCCAGCCCUCUCGUCCCCCCGAGCCCCGUCCCCUCCAUCCGAUUCAGAGAGACGCCCAUCCUACGUAGGGCUCCUCGGGCCUCCUCCUCCAACCCUGCCAAGUACCAGACUCUCCCUGUGGAGGAGGGAGGGAGGAGCAGGGCGAGGAGGAGGUACUCCCUCAGUGAAGGAGGCAGCUCAAAGACUCACUUGUCCCAUCAGGGCGGAGGAGGAGGACCGCCCAAAUUAGGGCGCAUAAUGCGGAACAAAAGGAGCCAAUCAAUGAGCGGGAUGCUUCUACCGAAAGACGGUGACGGAGACUCGGACAAAGGGCGGUGUGAUUCGGACUGGAUCUUAGAAAGCACGGUUUGAACUGGAACGAGACAGCAACCAAUAAACUUUGGUUUUUAUUCAUUAUUGUCCAUCCUUUGUGUGAGUGUGUGCCUGCAGUUAUGUGUGUGUGUGUGUGUGUGUGUUAGUUUGAAUUUGUUUAGAGGUGUGUGAGUGAAGGCUAACAAACAAAGGUGUGUUUGUGACAUAUGAAACAGUGCGUGUGUUGUGCGUUUUUGGUGUGUGUGUGUGUGUUCAUGUCGGAACAUUUUGUUUAUAGAUGUGUGAGUUGAUGACCGUGUGUUUCUGGGUGAAAGCAUGAGCAUACUUUUUCUUUUUCAGCCUGUUAUUUUUGUAUCGUUUUCAUAUUUUUUUCUCCACAAUUCUUUCUAUUCAGUUUACAGUUUGUUUUUUCACUUUGACAGUUUCCUAUCUGUCAUUCGGCGGGUGGAUAACUCGCGUUGUCUCGUAGCGUCCUUGAGUUGUCUCGUUGGUUCCACUUUAUAGCACAAAAGAAAACAAGACAAUGGGCUCGACACGUCAUUUCCCGAUUCACACUCACCUUAUCUGAAAAUACCACGAAAAGGGAAUUAUUACAGGAAAAAAAGAGGAAUAAAAAAACAAUCCAAGAACUGAAAAGCACACCAUUCUUACGCUCACACGCCGACAGGAAGUGUUUGUCCAUACCGUGGCAAGAGAACAGCAGUCGGUGCCUUCUUUUGCACUAACAGACCCUCUGACAGAUGAUAUAACCGGAUCUAGGACUCCACCACGCUCCACAACGAGGGAUUAGGACGGAGGGGACGAACAAAGGAAGAGAGAGAUUUCACACAUAGCCUUUCUUACCUACUGAGGAGUACAGACGUUUCUUGACAUGUAGACAGACACAAACUGAGACAAAAAGUAACAAACAGACGAAGACUUAACGUAUCUCCUAUGAAAUUGAUAUUUUUUAAAGGGAAGAAUUAAAAAAAAGAACAUAAAAACCUUGUGAGCUUUUCACUGACAUUGGUAUACUACAGCCUGUGUUGGUCACAAGCUCCCGGAAAGCUUCUGUACAGAAAAAGACAACAUGUACUGUGUUGUUAUGUU